AUGCAUAGUGUUUGUCUAUUUGGAAAAUCCGCUAAUUGUUGCACAGGCUGCGUUACUUGUAGAUCCGCGCGAAUUAAAUGCGAUGAGACACAGCCACACUGCAAGCAAUGCCAUCGACGAGGCGUGAAAUGUGGCGGUUAUCAAGUCAAGUUGAAGUGGGUUGAGAUCUUCGAUGUUAGCCCAGAUAAUCAGGCCACGGGUAAAAGUGUUAUCAAGCCGCGGAGUUCCUUAGCAAUUUGUUCGUCGUCAAAACAUUCAAAGCAGACCCAAUCCAAGGAGACCGAUCUCUCAACCUCAAUAAUACGGAAUCCAUCCACUGGGCCUCGUCUCCACUCUUCAUCAGAUACAUUUGUAUUCUCACACUGGGCUCAAUCAUUACCCGACUUAGUGUAUCCAAAUCCAGAAGAAUACAUCAGCAUCCGAGAACCUUACUUAGCAUUUGUAUGGCAAGAGGACUCUAUACUUCUUCCAGCAGCUUUAGCAUCCGGGGCGUCACAUCUAUACGCUCUUGGGAUCUUAUCGCAAGCCGACGUCCUGGAACGGAAACAACGGGCUCUGAGUAAGAUAAUAUCUUGCGUACAGCAAAAGAAGUUGCUUUCGGAAUCCCCGAACACAAAAGACAUACCGAUGUACAUCAGUGAAGAAGCCAUCGCGGCGUCAUUGGCCUUGAUUGGCCUAGAAGUCAUGCAAGGUUCAGACACGGCCCUUAUUCGGCCCCUUAUUCGCGGUAUGAGAGCUCAGCUGGAAGAAAGGCAACGGCUCUUGAAAGAAAUGGACCAAAGUUUGCUACACCAUAAGCCGACUCCGAUGAUGUCUGUAAACAUAAAGAUGAUGGCUUACAUGGACGCAUUAUCUUGUGUUCCUUGUGCAAGGAAACCAGUCUUGGAUCGGCAGUUUUGGCGAGAAACGGUCUUAAUCCACUUCAACAAGUCUCCAAAGGGCAGCCCAGACGUCGUCUUCGGUUACACAGCAGAUAUACUCCCGCUGAUAGGAGAUUCUGCGUCCCUAGUUAACGAUUUCCUCAGUGGAGCAAUUGAGCCUGAGGCCUUCUCGCUGUCUCGAUGUUGCCUCUUCCAGGAACUUACCCUCUGCUGUAGAGAUCUACCUGCAGCAACACAACAGCCAUGCUCAGAGGGAGAUACUAAUGAGUCGCCUGAAAGCUGCAAGAUAAGAAAUUCAAAUGCCUGCAUCGCAGCAGCGCUGGCACAUGGCUUGGCAACGCAGAUAUUUCUGCUCCGUGCAGACGAUGGCGACUCAAACAAAAAGACUAACGAUUUCUUGGGUCACCCCUUGGCGUUGGUUGAACAGCUUUCGAACGCGAUCUCGGCUGUGCCUCAUGACACUUACGCUUCCACGAUGAUGAUUUGGCCCAUGUUUGUUCUCGGAUGUGAGACGAUGCCAUCUAGUUCACGUCGGCACACGGUAGAGUUGAUGUUUGAGAAGAUGAUUGAGAAGCACAGACUUCUCAACAUAUCAGUUGCUCUUGAGCUGUUACGGAACAAGUUAUGGAAGAUUGGUGACACCCAGAAAAUGGGCAGCUCCGAAGAAGAUGUAUCACUACCCUCGUGGUCUUGUCAAUAUUCGUCAAGCGAUUGGGUCAGGGCUUGCUGGCGGGAAAAGUUACAACUGUGCACUGCAUAA